AUGUUCGCUUCCGCCGUCCGCCUCUCCGCCGCUCUUGCGCGCCCCACUGCUGGCGCCGCCGCCGUUGCUUCCACCGCUACCACUGCUGGUCUCAAGACCUCGGCCGUCACUGCCCUCAAGGCCACCACCACCAUGCGCAACCUUGACGGCCGCCUCUGGUCCAAGAACCGCCUCCAGGUGCUUCUCGACGCCUCGGCGCCCAUGCCCGCUGCUCGCGAGCCCAACUGGGUCAACCGCGCGGCUCGCAACCGCGACGCCAAGGACCUUGCCGGCUGCUAA